AUGGCAAGAGAGAUCCUGAAGACCCACGAUCUCAUCUUCGCGUCGCGGGACAAAAUACUAGCUUCCAAGGCGUUUUAUGACGGCUCUGGCAUCGUCUUCGCGCCCUACGGUAGCUACUGGCGGCAGCUGCGGAAGAUAUGCGUUAUCGAACUACCGAGUGCAAAGCGUGUCAAGUCCUUCAGCACACAUCGACAAGAGGUGAUGUCCAACCUGGUGAGAUAUACCUCCACGAUGAACAAUUCCCCAGUUAACCUCAGUGAGAUGUUUCUCCUGACAUCCAAUACUAUGACCUCGAUGGUGACAUUUGGUACAAAAUGCAAGCAUGGGCCGAGAUUCAUCUCAACAUUGAAGAAACUCCUUGAAUUUCUCUCCGGAUUUAGCGUAGCUGAUCUAUUCCCCUCGUUAAGCUUUAUUGACACUCUCAGUGGAGUGAGCUCAAGCUUAAAAAAAUGUUAA